GGGUUCAGUGUGCUGCCGUCUGGCGCCGAGGAAGGACGUGUGUUGCAGACGUCUCAUUCGCUCUCUAAAUUCACGCGCUUUCUCGUCCUCCUCCUUGCCCGCUUGUGUUUGUCGGUGGUGCGCAGUUCGGAACAUUCCUCGCCAAUGGACAUGUCGCUGUAGACAGGAAAUCUGUUUUGCAUUAUUUUAUGACCGAUAGUCCGUUACAAAACGAAGAAAGCUUUAACUGAAAGAACUUUUGCAAAAGGACUCAGUGUAAAGUAUCCGACAGACACCCGAGUUUGAUUUUUGGUUUUGAAAAAGCAACGCUUCGUUAUGGCGAAGUCGGAAGAGUCAGUGCCGACGGCCGAGAGUGCGAGGCAAGCGGUCGAUGACAACAACAACACAGAUAACAAUAACAACACCGACGACCACCAGGACAGCGACGCUCACGACGAUGUGAAGACGGACGCAGCGUCCAGCGGGAAGUACCAGCUGCGGCCGCGGUCGGUUCACGCCCGGCGCCUCUGCGACAGCGACUGGAGCUUCGGGGAGAGCCUGCGACACAAGCCGCGUGCGGCGCCGCUGUCCAGGUACCGCAGGAAGACCGCCAACGCCCGGGAGCGCUACCGCAUGCGGCAGAUCAACACCGCCUUCGAGAGCCUCCGCGGCGUGUUGCCGUCGUGGGUGUGCAGUCGCCGCGCCGCCUCGGACAUGACCAAGAUCGCCACGCUGAGACUCGCCUCCGCCUACAUCCGGUCCCUGCAGGACAUCCUGGACGGCAGCGCCCCGCAGGACACGUGCUCGUGGGUCCUGUCCACCAUCCUGGACGGCCCUAGCCGCUGCCCGAAGGAGGCCCAGCUCUCGAAGACGUCCCAGCUGGCCGCGGGCGACUCGCAGCUGCAGUCCGACUACGAGCUGGCUACUCUCCUGGCCAGCUCGGAGGCGCAGCUGUUCCAAGACAACCUGGACACCUUCGCCUACCUGAGCCCGGCGUGCGAGGGGGAGCCCGUAGCACUCCUGCUGGAGCCCGACCCCCCCACCUCGCGGGCCUGGGCCGAGGGUCACUAUCCGCCCACUCCGCUGGUGACCUGAUGGCCGGGGGUCACAGGUCGCCGAACCCUUCCUCAUUCUCCUGUGUAUCCUGUAGCACUGGUCUCUGUCAAGUCUCACUGUAGGUCACGUGAUGUCCCAGUCUUCACUGCUCGCUUCCUCCCGUAGGUAAUGCUUAAUGACUUGGUGACUGACUGACCCAGGUCGUGCACCUCUUAUCAGCCCCGGUCGCCGCUGCCCUCACUUCCGAAACAAAGCCUGGACCUGCCGAUGAACACAGGUUGCCUUCUCACGGACCUGUGGUGAUAACACUAUCUCCUUUCUCCCCGUAUGACCUGACGAGCGCUAAUUUCAGGUCACUUCACAUUCUCCGUUUUCAUCAGCGUAACUCCUUGACAAAUGAGGUGACCUGAUAUUCGAAGACGUUACUUCUCGUGACCUGAUAUAACCUGACAGAACUCCCUGUAGAUUAGGUCUUUUAUACUGUGAUGAGAACAGGUGAAACAUCUGGUUUUAAUGUGAUGAAAUAUGAUUACUUGCAACCCUGUUUGUUAGAAAAGACAGGUAAUAUAUUCGAAACGUUUACAUAGUUUAAGGAAUUCAAGUUCAUUACCGAAUGAUUUUGGUAAAUGAUCUGCUCACUGUUUUAUUUCUAUUGGCCCCUUGGAUAGAAAAUAUUGUGCUUUUAUUUAUAUCUUAUUUAAUGUCAUAACUUUACUUAUGAUAAGUGAAUAUUAAUCAGGGUUGAUGAUUAUACAAAACUAUAAUGAGUAAUUAAUUGGUUCAAUUAUUUGAAUAUCUUCACGUAUUAUAAACAUGAUUUUUUUUACUGUUAUAAUAUUUGUCAUAGAACACAUGUUUCUCCGCAUUUAGUCGACGGUUUGUUCAAACUUUUAUUCAUAUGGGAUACUUAUGUUAUUUUUUUGUCUCAUUUAUUGUUUGUAAGAUAAGAAGAUGGGGAUGAAUGCGCUGAGGUGAAGGAAAAAAACAAAAACAAUAAUAAAAUGUUAACUUCAGACAUUCAUCCUGACAUGUGCACACACACACACACACACACACACACAGACACACACACACACAUACACAUACACAUACACAUACACAUACACAUACACACACACACACACACACACACACACACACACACACACACACACACACACACACACAUACACACACACAAACUUGCGAAUACGUAUACAGGAAAUCUAUUUUGAUAUAGCUAUUAAUGGUCCAUUAUCUAGUCACGUCAGUAGUGCCAUAUGUAUCAAGAGAAUGGUGAGAGAGAGAGAGAGAGAGAGAGAGAGAGAGAGAGAGAGAGAGAGAGAGAGAGAGAGAGAGAGAGAGAGAGAGA